AUGAAGAGGCCGCCCAGUCGUGCACACGCAGACAGAACCCAACAAGGGCUGGUCUUGCACGAGGAGACCUCGGCUGCCGCCGACAACAUCGACACAGUGGGCGCACAGUGCAGUGAUCAGGGGGUCUGGAGCAGUGUGGAGGCUGCGAGGGUGCUCCUCCACCAGGAUGACAAGGCGAGAGUCACGCUCAGACAAGGCACAUGCGUGCUGGUGCCCUACAGCCUGUAUGAAAGGCCCAAAACGCUGGCUGUCGCCCGUAUAGAAGCAAUUCUGCAGGAUUCCUCGGGCAGAGUGCAGCUGGCGCUGCGCUUUGCAUGGAUGGCAGGGGAGAUAGUGGAUCUAAUCUCGCUGACGUGUCCAAGGGUGACGCCACGCUACCCGCGCCAGGUAUUCUGGCAGCAGGACGCCUGCGCAGACGGGGCCUGCCAUGUCAAGGGCCCGGAUGGCUGGAUGGAGAUUCAGCCGCUCAGCGGCGUCUCCGCAGUCUGCACAGUGCUUCACCGCAGCCAGCUCACACCGGCCACACAGCAGGCGGCAGCCACCCCAGCCAGGGGCGGAGAGCAGGGACCCCGCGGCGCCCGAGCUCUUCUUUUACUCCAUGCAGGGCCGAUGCCCUUCCUGGACCUGUUCUGUGGGAUGGGGGCGGUGUCUCGGGCAGCCCAGGACCUCAGCAAGUCUGCCCAAGCUGCCCGGGCCGGGCAGCCACGCAGCACAAGUGACUCACAGGGCUUCAAGGUCUUGGGAGGCGUUGACAAGGAGCCUGACGCCCACAACGCCUACCUGGGAAACAUGAUGGGCACCAGCAACAGCAUUGCCAUCAAUCGCGCGAUUUCCCUGGCUGAAUUCAACGCAGGCGAGCAACUCCCUGCCAAGACCGUCCAGGCAUGCAUGGAUGUUGCAGUGAUUAAAUUUGAUUUUUCAAGAGGGAUUGUAUCGCAGCGUGAGACCGGUCAGGCGCCGGACUGGGCUCAGCCGGGCGGCUCAGCUUUUGAGCCGGGCGAGGUCGGCUGCAUGCAUGCCAGCCCGCCGUGCCAGGGGAUUACUGUUCUCAACAACAGGCGCAAUAGCGAGUCGCUGUCCGCACCCGACGGCCUCUUCCCUCUCCUGGCAGAAUACCUGGUGAAGACCGUGGAGCUGCUGCAGCCGGCCUUCUUCACGCUCGAGGAAGUUCCCUCCUUCCUUGCAAUCUCAGCCAAGUCGACCGAUGGCGGCUGGGAGAUUGCGCGCUGUGUGUGGGCGAUUGUGCUGCCACUUCUGGAUCUGGGCUACCAAUUGGAUGUCAGAGUCAUGAACGCUGCAAAUUACGGGACCCCCCAGAGCCGGCUGCGGGUCAUCCUGUUUGCUGCAAAGCCCGGCUACAGGCUGUGCCACCCGCCAAAGCCAUGGAAUCACCAUACCUGGACAUACAAGGGGCUGCCAAGUCUAGGAGAGGACGCAGCUCUGCUCAACUGCCAAGACAACCGGUGGCGCCACAUCGCGCUGACAUCAGAUGACCAGGCUGAAAAGCUGCCGCCGGCGCUAAGUGCAAAAGAUGCCAUUGAUGAUCUGCCCGCUGAUGUGACAGCAGGGUCAAAAGACAGAGUCAUGGCGUAUCCCAGUGGUAGCGCUGGAGACUUUGCCAGAUUCUUGCGCUCCGGUCAGGUGUGCCUGAGCCUGCACUGGCUAGGGCCCCACGUCCGCAUAGCCAGGCAGUACAUGCAACAGCUGCACGAGCGGGCGCACUACGGGCAGCCCUUCCCCGUAAUUACGGGCCGGCUGGACGCCGGCAGCGCCCGUAGCGCGCUGUGCCCGCGGCCCGGCAGCCAGCGAUUACUAACCCUGGCCGAGCGCGCGCGCCUGCAGGGCCUGCCCGACUCCCUCAAACCCUAUGGCAGCACAGAGGCGAAGCUGGCGCAGCAGAUAGGGAACGCCGUCCCGUACCCGAUGGCAUGGGCCAUUCUGGGCAGCGUCUAUGAAGCUGCCUACGGCAAGGCCUCUCCACUGCCUCCCUACCUGCAGAGCAAUGCCUGCAGCCGCUCACGUGUAGUAUGCGAAACACCGGCCCAGGAGAGCAUCUUUGAGGCCUCGUGCGCGCAAGCUGACAACGGCAAAGGAGCGAGCAUCCUGCAGCAUACUAGCCGCCCUGUUGCUCAGACGAAGGCCGCUGCGGCCGAUUCUCAUGCACAUCCUGCAGCAUUGCUGGUUAUGCCAUCCACAGAGAUCGAAGAAGUGGCAGCCACCGAGGUUGAGGACGAAGUUUCCGAUGACAUGUCUGCGGAGCACAAGAAGCAGAGGCGCUCGGCUGAAGAAGAGGUGUGUAAAGCCACAGCAGCUGCAGGCAGUGAUGCCAGCACUGCCUACGUGAGCGCUUUGAGUGAGAGCGUCUGA